AUGACUCCUCAGCAGCAUCAGGUGAACUUCCAUGACUCCCUGGGACUUUGCACACCUUUGAUCCAGCUGCUCAACUCCAUCAGAGCUGUUCUCCUUCUGAAGGUGCUGGUGUCCCUGAAGAAGGCUGCACUGGACCUGCAGCGUGGUCACAGCUACACCCAUCUGUCCCUGCUCACACCUUGGAGGUCGAACUUCUCGCUGACUUCGACGCUAGAAGAAGCCUGUCAAGCACUGGUUGAAGACAAGGAGUCCUUCCUGAAGCAAAACGCUUUGGAAACAUCCCUCAGAGGAUCCAGCUGCACGGAGUACAUCUCCCAGAACCACUACAUCACCCGCCCCCUCUCCGCCGAGGAAGCCGCUUUCCCCAUCGCCUACGUCAUGACCCUGCACAAGGAGUUCGAGACCUUCGAGAGGCUCUUCAGGGCAGUGUACAUGCCCCAGAACAUCUACUGCGUCCACGUGGACGCCAAGGCGCCAGCCCUCUUCCAUCAGGAGGUGAAGGACCUGCUGAGGUGCUUCCCCAACGCCUUCCUGUCCUCCGGGGCCGAGCGGGUGGUCUACGGCGGCGUCUCCCGCCUACGGGCCGACCUCCGCUGCAUGAGAGACCUUCUGGCCUCCACUGUGCCCUGGCGUUACCUGCUCAACACCUGCGGCCAGGACUUCCCCUUGAAAACCAACCGGGAGAUCGUCCAGCUCCUGAAGGGCCUCGGGGGGAAGAACAUCACCCCGGGGGUGUUGCAACCUCCCCACAUCACCUCCCGCACCAAAUACGUGCACAGGGAGCAGCUGUACCCCUUCUUUUCCUUCAUGUUGGGGACAUGGGUGCUGAAGGCACCUCCACCACACAACCUGACCAUCUACUUUGGCUCGGCCUACGUGGCCGUGGCUCGGCCCUUCGUGGGGUUUGUUUUGCAGGACCGACGUGCCCUCGAUCUCCUGGCCUGGUCUGAGGACACCUACAGCCCUGAUGAGCACUUCUGGGUGACGCUCAACAGGAUCCCAGGUGUCCCAGGCUCCAUGCCCAGUGCCUCCUGGGAAGGUGACCUGAGAGCGGUGAAGUGGAUGGACAUGGAGGAGAGACAUGGAGGCUGCCAUGGCCGUUACGUCCGAGGGAUUUGUGUGUAUGGAACAGGGGACCUCAAGUGGCUUUUUAACUCCACCUCUAUGUUUGCAAACAAGUUUGAGCUCAGGACAUACCCCCCGACUGUGGAGUGCCUGGAGCUGAGACACCGGCACAGAACCUUGUCCCAGAGUGAGGUUCAGGUGGAACCAAACUGGUAUUUUUAA